AUGGAUCCUUGGAAUAGUAGUGUGUCUCAGGGAGUCAUAGGCGGUAUGCCUCCUCUCUUUGACUACUCAGAUCCGCUUUUGUCUCGUCUUUUGGACACAAAGAAGGCACUUCAGAACUCAGUUGAUGCUUCCAACGAGAUCACCGAAAACGAAGAGGACCAGGUGCCCAGAGUGUCGGCGCAAUUCCAAUUCUUAUCGGCUGUUUGUGAAGGCGACCUCAUUACUGUCGAGUCUGUCGCCAAGGAUCACCCGGAAGUGGUGCAUCAGAUGUACCCACAAGAUGAAGGCGUGUCUCCACUUAUCUUUGCAGUGGCUUUCGACCACCAGGAUGUCGCCGAGUCGCUCUUGUCUACACAUGGCGUCGACCCCGAUGUUGCUGACGAGACACCAAUUGGAUAUUCGCCGCUAAUGUGGGCAGUGCACUUGAGAAACUUACACAUGGUGAAGCUUCUUCUAGAUUAUCAAGCAGAUCCUUACAAUGCGCCCAAAGGCGAUGGCAAGGAUGCUGUGUCAUUGGUCACAAUGGAGGACCCAACCAUGUAUGAAUUUUUCAGAAGCCAUAAUCUAUUGAAUAGGGGUCUGAACAGAGAGAGUGAGGUAUAUGAGUCCGACCCCUUCCAACACGACUCCACGGACUUGGACCCUGUCACGCAUCAGAUCCGGAUGCAGACAGCUGGAUUAUCACUUGACAUGGAUGAUGACGACGACGAUGUUCGGGAGAAGGAGUUGGAUGAAGAGGCCGAGUUAUCCCUCGACACUGAACUCGUGCAAACCCCACCAUACGAUUACGAGAAGCUUCUCCCAGAGCAGUUCAUCAAGUUUACUGACUCCGACAUUACUUCCUUACUUGACUACAUCUUUGGGUUGAGAACAACGAAUACCUCAUUGCAGCAUUCUACAAAAGUUCCGGCAGCAAUUGUCUUUCAACUAGUGAGAUACUCUCAUUUUAAGGUCCACAGUAAGGAAUUGACGGAAUUCUUGUUUGAGUGUUUUGUCGCUAGGUUGCGCACAGUUACUAACACAAAAUCAGGUGUGUUUAAUAUGGCUGUAGCGGAACAAAACGGCGACAAAACAGCGGCAUUGCUAGGUGCCGGCGACAUUGUGUUGUUGAGUUAUUGGCUCUCAGCCAUACAAUUUUUGCAUUUCUACUUUGCCAAGGCCAACUUGUAUCAUGACUAUCCUGCGUUUCUCCAAGAGUUUGUGAACAUCACGCAGUCAUUGAUUGCAACUCUUUCAUUUUCGAUCAACACGAGACUUAAUCUUCUUGUCGAUGACUGCUUGCUCAAGUUCACAAACUUAGUGGACGUAUCCUCAGUGUUGUACGCCAAGGACUGGAACCUUUUCAAAAACAAGCCAAAUAUCAAGGAUCAGCCUAGUACAUACGACGAUAUUUUGGAUAUGCUUUACCCUCCCACUAUGAAAGAGUUGAUGAAGCCUUCUCCUCUCAAGUAUGUUCAAGUUCUCGGGGCUCUUGACUAUGUUCUCAAGAUUCACGACGUUGAUCCUCUCUUGAGACUUCAGACAUAUUCUCAAGUAUUUUACUAUAUCAACGCUAUAAUUUUCAACAGGAUCAUGGCAAAUUCCAAAUUAUGUUCACGUGCAAAAGCGAUCCAGAUCCGUCUCAAUGUGUCUACCUUGGAAGAUUGGCUAAGAUCACACAAUUACAGCAUUUACAAGCCUGAUAAGGCAGGCGGACUAAUUGACUUACUUGAGCCAGAAGAAGGCGGCCACCAACUCAAGCUUCACAACUUACUUGAUGAGUCUUCAAAUACUGAAGGGAAUGUCCCCAACAACAAGGACCCCCAUAGUCUUGCAUUCUACUAUAGAUCAUUGUAUCAUAUUGGCAAAAGCCAGUUAAUGCCCACCAUAGAGUUGUUGCAAUGGUUGCAAUGCAUGUCGGCUCUCAAAGAUGAGGAAAGUCUCAUCAACACAAUCAAUCAAUUUGAUACCCUUAAUUACUUCCAACUUUUCAAGGUUGCCAACAAACUCUAUAGAUACGAGGUGGACGAGGAGAAACUACCAAAACCACUUGUCCAGUAUCUAAAGCGACUCAUGAACGAACAAGGAGAGACGCAAAUCAGCCGAAGCCUUUUGCAUUACAUGACGCAAAGUACAUUCUUGCUGAAGGAGUUGUACAUAUACCUCAACCCUAACUAUAUUUUCGGGGUUGCCUUGCCUAAUUUGAACGAGCUAAUAGUUCGGUACGGUGCUGGAUUGGGUGGCGUGAAAGCUCUUCGGGCGAAGAAGUUCCAGCCCACCCUUCCAGUUACAGUGUUGGACGAUGUUGAUGAAAUUUUGACCAAGAAUAGAGAGUCCAAUGUUAACGACACCUACGACUACGAAGAGAGGUCGCAUGAUGAUGACAAUGAAGCUGUUGCUGGCGGUAACGGUGAUGAGAAUGGGCUCGAUGAACGCUCAGGAUUUGAUUCUAGUGCACGGUCUUUCAAGGGUGACGAGCUUUUUAAGACGGCACAGGUUCCCCUGAUUGUAGCGCACAGAGACUGGGGUGACAAUGAGGAAAACCCUUGGUAA